UUGUGCACAGGCAUUGAUGACCUUGCCAUAUUAAAGAGAUCAAGAGAGAAAAAACAAGAAAGGAAAAAAACCCUUAUCAAAAUCCUCCCAAUAGUGUCGACAUGGGUUGCCAAGAAGAGCUUUUGGUUCAAAAAGUGUGUGAGAUAUACGAGAAAAUCGCAUGCUUAGACUGUCUCAAACCCUCUAAAGAUGUCAACUUACUCUUCACACAACUUGUGGAUCUUUGCAUCCCACCCUCCUCCAUUGAUGUAACCAAGCUCAACAAGAAUAUGCAAGAAAUGAGGUCUAAUCUCAUUAGACUCUGUGGAGAAGCUGAGGGACACCUUGAGUCCCAUUUCUCCACCCUCCUAGCUUCAACCUAUCAAAAUCCUAUUCUCCAUCUCAGGCUCUUUCCCUACUACCAGAACUAUCUUGACCUCACCCAACUUGAGUACUCUCUUUUGUCCGAAUACUGUGUUUGCCUCCCCUCCAGUGUCGCCUUCGUCGGCUCUGGUCCCCUCCCCCUCACCUCCAUAGUCUUCACCUUGAACCAUCUCCCGUUUGCCUCCGUCCACAACUACGACAUCGAUGCCUCGGCAAACUUAAAGGCCCAUUGCUUGGUGUCCCAUGAUCCCAACCUCUCAAAGCGGAUGUUCUUCCACACGACUGAUAUAAUGGGCGUCUCUGAAGGACUCAAAGACUAUGAUGUUGUGUUCUUGGCAGCUCUAGUGGGGCUAGACAUGGAUGAGAAACUUUUGAUCAUCAAUCAUUUGGCGAAGUUCAUGGCCCCGGGCGCUCUUCUUAUGUUGAGGAGCGCUCAUGGUGCCCGAGGAUUUCUAUAUCCUUUGGUCAAUCUACAAGAUAUUCAAGGCUUGGAGGUUCUCAAGGUAUUCCACCCCACUAAUGAAGUGAUAAACUCAGUUGUAGUUGCACGCAAGUCCUCUACAAUGAUUUACCCUUCACUUGAUCAUAAGCCUCCAACCAUGUCGAGAUGGAAGCAUUGUUUUUCGAAAGAUGAGAAAAAGAAUGGAAGAACUGGCCAUUGAUGGGGACCAAGCUAACAACCUUCAACUUCAUCCAAACUCAAUUGCUCUUUUGAUCCUUACAUUUUCUAGUAAUGUUCGUUGAUCUAUAAAAUUAUGUCUUUAAUUUUAUGAUUAUGCCCGUACGAUUGUGGUGUUACUACUUUAAUUUGCUCACCAUCUACUCUAUGUGAUCAUUUUCACUUUGCGUGUCCGAAUCUUUAAUUUUAGAAAAUAAAAAACACAUUUAAGUUGGGUACA